UGCGUCAUCUGCCUCAGAUCAGGCCACAAAUACUCAUCCUGCAACGAAGAGACUACGCAGAAAGGUCAACAAACGUUUGCGAAAUCUCGAGACGGAAAGCUUGUCCGUCGUGACAACAAUUCCCCACUGUGUUUCUUCUAUCAGCUUGCCAGGAAGCCCUGUCGCGACAACCAUCCUGACCAACAUCUCUGUGCCGCUUGUGGUUCCCGAGACCACGGUGCCUCUAAUCACAAGUCGGCCUAA